UUCGGUUCCUUCAGUAGAAGACCUGAAAAAGAUAUUUAGCCAUUAUGGGCCUUUGGGUGCGCCAGUGGCUGAAGUGUCCAAAAAGAGCAUCUGGGCCAAAAUGAUUUUUAAAAAAAGGUGCAGAUGCAGAAACAGCUUUCAGCAGUUCAGGAAGAUACAGCAUUUUUGGACCUUCACUUGUUACAGCCUCAAGCGACUGGCAUUUACACCAACUAAAGCUUCUCCAGAUGGAACUAAGCGAAGCAGAAUGGAUGAAACAUGUGGAGAUGAAAAUGCUACUUGAUGCCCUAGAUUCUAGUCAAGUUGACGUAGAAAGAGAGGUUAAGCAUUCACAGCUAAAGAAAUUUUUAUCCUGAAAAGCAUCAAAGCUGCAAUUUGAGUAUGGUUUGUAAAUGCAUUUUCUCCUAAAUUGCUGCCUGCCUGUCUUGCUGAAGCUUGGGAGCUUUGGACUCUUUUGACGUGGUUCAGAUAUAUUCUUCAAACUGCAACAGCUUCAGAUGGCUCGAGCACUCUCAUGAUAAGCGAAUUUCUUGAUUCCCAUCAUGAACUGCAGCAUCUUCACAACAUCUUGGGUCCGAGGCAAUGCUUUACUUUGAAACCUCAUUGCCUUUGUAAUCAUGUGAUUUUAAGGUGGCAGCGCCCUGGCAUCAUCCCCUUACUGCUCAUCUGACGGGAAUUGGGUUACUGCUCAUCAAUGCUUCCCUCUCAUUCCUUCCGGCUCAAGAGAACUACAAUAUGCGAUAUCAAAAUCUCGACAGCCGUUGGAUGAGUCCGGUAACUGACAAGUACGUGUGUAAUCAAUUGUUAAUAAAUAAAUUUUCCCAAGAAAGAAUUAAACGGGAAACCCAACGUCGAAAUCGCCUGAUCACCACACACGUGUAACGGUCCCACGUCCCUAGGAAGGAAUUCGUACCUACACCUCGGUUCUUCAUCCGAAAAUGGGUGAUUCUGAGAGGCAAAGCGAUUUUGAUAUCAAAGGGCUAAGCCUCAUCGACGUUUCGUCUGAAGACGAUUGCCUCCUCAACUCGCCUCUCUGCAGUCCUAUAAACCCACAAUCCUCAGAGAAGGGGAGAGAAGCCAAAACUGUUAGCUUUGCUAUUGACCCUGACAUCGUAGAAAUCUCAUUAGGCUCCCUUGAAGAAGUUGGAAAGCUAGAGGAACCACCGGAAUCUUUGGAACAAGACAAGACUAAAAAAUAUGGAAAAUAUAAUUUGCGCAAAAGUUUGGCAUGGGAUAGUGCUUUCUUUACUAGUACAGGUGUUCUUGAUCCGGAGGAGUUGUCCAGCAUGCUGGGAGGCAACGAGAAAGGUGAAAUGCGUACAUUGCCUAGGAUUGAAGAGGAUGUAAACAAAUCUUGUAACUCGUUAACAAUGUUGGAUAGUGAAACUUUGACAUUGGAAAGUCUUGAGGCUGAUUUAUUUGAAGAUAUAAGAGCUUCAAUCCAGAAAUUUAACAAAGUGUCCAAGACUGCAAAUUCUAGUGGCAAAAAGGAAUUGAAAACAAUGGAUUCUCAAACUGUGCCAUCCUCAAAGAAGGUAGAAUUUACUACUCAAAAUAAGAUGAAGCAGAAAGCUGCUCCAAAGAAGCCUAACGUUGGUGUGAAAGACUCUGGGAAAUCAUUGAAACAGGUUGUUGUCCGUCCACAAAUUUCACAGGCUGUACAGUCUGUUGCUGGAAGUGGAGAAUCAACUUCAUCUUUUCAUAAGCCACUGAAGGUAUUAAGCUCGGUUGGUCCCAUCUCAACAGCACCAACCAAAAGGAUUUCCUUGGGUGCUAAGAAUGUCAAAAUGGAAAAGGAUGCAAAGGGUGUGACUGUGGUUGUAGGUAGGAGGACUACGGUAUUGAAGAGUCCUGCUUUGGGUGGUGCAAGAAAUAUUGUGCCUAGGCCUAAACUAUCUUCGAACUCUUCUUCCUACUCCCCAGCCUCUAGCAAAACAGAGCUGACAGCUUCUUGUUCCUCACUUGAAAGUUGUGCCAGUGCAUCAUCUGACAGAAUUAAUAAAUCUUCCUUGAAUUUGAUUAAAUUAAAAAAUGAAUCCAGAAUACUUAAUUCUUCUUCCUCUGGUUACACUAUCACCACCACAUCUAAAAUUGCAUCAAAAGGUAAAAAUCAAGCAGGAAGUUCAAAGAUUUCUACUCCUUUGAAGUCUUCUACGCUCUCUUCCAGUAUAUCUCCUGCUAGCUCUCUCAGUGAAUGGUCUUCAGAGUCAUCAUCAUCAACCUCAACUGUUAAUCAAAGGUCUAGUAUUCUAAGAGCUAGCCUUAGCACUGGAUCUUGCAAGGGACUCCCUACAAAUUGUGAUGCCCAACAAGUUUUGGAUUUUCAUAACCAUCCUGUUGGUCAGUGCUCACUGGGGGCUGGUGCUGAGGUUAGUGGUUCGCUUCAUGACAGUGUAAACAUAGUUUCAGCUGGAACUAGAGCUGGAAAUAGUGAGCUUCUUCAUCCAGCCUCAAUGAAACCCUCCGGCCUUCGAAUGCCAUCACCAAAAAUUGGCUUCUUCGAUGGGGUAAGAUCAUCAGGACGAACUCCAAAUGGUAGUAUGCUGUCUCACCCUGGUGUACCUAGUGGCUUGCCUAAAAUUGGAGCAAAAAGCACGAGUUCAAGUGGAAGCUUAAACAAGGCAAAGAUUGGAAAAUUUCAACCUGUUAGAACUCUUACCGCAAUCCAGAGACCCAAGGUUGAUGUUAAGCAAACUUCAUCUGCUGUAAAAUCUAGAUCUUCCUUAUCUAUUCAAAAAUCUCCAAAUGCUGCAGCAAAAGUAUCAAGUGCUUCAAGAAAUCCGAAAGGCAGCUCUGGCAUAUCUCCAAAACUUCAGAAUAAAUUCUCUCCUAAAACUGGUAGAGAAAGUUACUCAAAGUCUCAGGGCGUUGGUUCUGCAGAAAAAUUUGUAGGCCCAGGUUUUCCGAAGCAAGUAGUGGGCCUAGGAGGCAAGGAUGGUGCUCGCAUAAAAGAUACCAAGAUUGUUCCUAUUGAUGGAGUACAUGAAAGUACAGAUAAUUUAAGUUCCAGCAACAAGAAGGAAGUUCUUACUGAAGAUCAAAUUUCUGGUUUAGUCAGAAACAGAGGUGCUGUGGAAGUGGUUGCUCCUGGCCACAAGGAGUUUGAUAACAGUUUGUCAAAUCCCACUCCCACCUCUCUUCUUCAAUGACUCCUGAAGUUACUUCUGGCUCAAGGAUACCUUUCUCAGCCAGGGAUUCAUUUUACAAUAUGGAUGCACCACUGGAGAUGUUACCAGGAUCAGCGGUGGCAAUAGACAAGACAACCGCAUUACCGAUUCCAGAGAGCAGCUAAGUUCACCAGUCUAGUUUCAGAAUUUUUAAGGGACCAUGGUAGGGGUCUCCCAAUUAUUCUUAUUGGUAAUUUUUAGAUAGAACGGCCUUGUAGAUUCUGAAAUACUCUUGUAUCUAAGCAGAAUUUGUACUGUCAUCCGGUAAUGAGCGUUCUAAAUCCGAAUUCCACAAAGUCAAACCUGAUAUUCUGAUUUCAUCUAGGUAGCGUCUUAUGGAGCACAUCUCGUAGAAUUCAGGGCUUAACUUGGAGUCUUAGUUUGGAUUUUGCGUCCAAACAUGCUUUAUUAAUGCAAUGAGAGCAAGCAUUGCAGUGAAAAAUUUUGGUGUCCUGAAUAUAGAUUUUGUGCCCACAUCAUUGAGAAUGUUUGUCAAAUGGAUGUUAAAUGGAUGUUUAUUUAUUGCAAUAUUUUAUGUCCAUUUUUACAGUAAGUUACCAAAACAGUCCUUGAUAUCAUAGUGCAAACGUGGACUUAGAAUGUCGUUCUUGUUGUCAUAUUGUAGUACGCAUAUGGAUGUUGCUAUUGUCAUUUACUUCAAAUUUCAAAAUACUAGAAGAAGAUAACCCAAAAAAGAAGAUUUCAACUAGUGAAGACAUGAUGUAAACAAAUCCCUGCCCCAAUUGUGAUGGCUAUUAUUUUACCUUUUCUUCGAAUGUUGGCAACAUUACUUGUUCUCAGUACCCUCUAUAAUAUUUGUGUUUUUGACAUGUUAAGUUAUUAGCAAUAAGAAAAUAUUUUCACAGAAGCGCAUGAAUAGAUUUUUGAAUUGUAAAUCUGCAAAUCAGUGCAAAUUGAUUUAAAAUUUUAAUAAAAAUUCAUAUAUAAAUUCUGUGAAAAUCAAAAAAUAUAUUUCAUAAUUUUUGUAUUUUACAUA